UCUCCAGUCCCUAGUCCACCACCCUCUGUACAAGCUGCUGUGCUUCCUGUACCUCUUUGUCUGAGGGAAGUGCUAAAAUAAGCAUUGGAGUGGCUGGAUACAAGCACAUCUCUUCUCACCACUUUGUUGCUCUGCUCUGAAGCAACAAGCUUUCCUGGUUUAUUUUAUUUUUUUUCCAUAAAAGAAGAACUGUGCCAUGGAUAAAAGGAUUGCAGUCUUAAUCUUUUCCUUACUGCUGUGGACAGGUCAUUCAAAUACUGAAGACAAUGUUACUUCGCCACCCUCCACUGGAACAAGUCAAAAUACUGCUAAACCUAGUUCUUCACCAGUUGCAGGUGCAAGUACCUUUAAACCUAGUUCUACAUCCCCUGAAGCUGGAACAAGUCAAAAUACUGCUAAACCUAGUUCUUCACCAGUUGCAGGUGCAAGUACCUUUAAACCUAUUUCUACAUCCCCUGAAGGUCAUUCAAAUACUGAAGGCAAUGUUUCUUCGCCACCCUCCACUGGAACAAGUCAAAAUACUGCUAAACCUAGUUCUUCACCAGUUGCAGGUGCAAGUACCUUUAAACCUAGUUCUACAUCCCCUGAAGCCUCAACAACUCUGUCGACGAGUACAUCUACCAGGAAUCCUGCCAAAAUUAAUGAAUCGUCAACACAAGCACCUCCCGGGACAAGUGGAAACCGCAAUGAUGCGGAACAUAACGAAAAGAUGAUAGUAAAUUAUAAUUGGAUUUGGUUGCCUGCUCUGUGUAUUCUACUGGUUGUACUGAUAUACUUGAUUUUCAAGUGCAAAAAAGUGCAGCAUCGGCCAGAAAUGACUGAAAAUGGAACAGAGAAUGCUUCUUUUCAGAGGACAGAUAGUAACAAAGAUGGUGUUAUGCUGCUAGGUGUUAGUAAGACAGCAAGCGGAGAAGAGAAUGAAGAAGGAAAGUCAUGCACAUCUGGGAUGGCAUGAGGCAAGAUAAGUGGAAGAGAAUACAUCAGGAGAUUCAGAAAAGGCUAAACAUUCACACACACACACUGCUCUAAGAAAAAUAAAGAACCAAUAAAAGACAGAGGAAGUGAAGAGUGACCACUUGAUCAAGGUUUAUUUUAUUUUUUUCUGUUGGAAAUAAUUUAUUUGUUUUAAUACCAAAGAGUAUAUGUGUUAAGCAUGUCUUGAGUUGGAAUAAACUAAUUCUCCAUCAUUGUGUACACAAACUUAACUGAUUUUCAGUGGAAAUAGUGUGGAAUUCAAAUGUAGUCAAAAUAGUAAUGUGAUUCUAUGACACCCGGUUGGAAGUUAAAGUGAAAUUGCUAAAUUGUUCCCAAAGAUUUGCUGUAGUUUGAAAUAAAAGUUGGUAAUUUUUUUGUGCUGUUUUGCAACAGUUUCUACAUUUCACUUUCUUAUGGUUACUAAUGUAGUAUCAUGACAAUUGCUUUCUUUAAAUAGUUUCAUUUGCCAUUUUUAUAUCAUUUUAAACUACCCAAUUUGUUUUAGCUCGCAUAUUAUUAUAAAAAAUGUUUUGUAAAGCCUAGAAAAGUGUUGUUUUUUUAUGUAUUAUGAGCAACUUUCCUCUUUGUCACCAAUUUUUUGGCCUGUAUUAUAAAUUGUGUACUGUGUUUUAUGCUGUUAAAUACCUGCUGUACCACCUAUUACACUGGAUAUAUUUUUUAACAGUUUUAUAUAUUUGAGAGGCUGAAUUAUUAAAAAAUGAUACCGUUUUGUUUUUAAGUUUGAUGUUAUGCAAUGAAAGAUCUUGAAAAUCACUUUUAGAGAUUUCUCUAUGUAUUAUGCCUAUUUUUAUGUCUAAUUUUGUGUUCAAAUGAGAACCUGAAUUUCUACUAAGUUCUCAAUGCACUGUGACUGCAAUAUUUAGUGUUCAUUAAAAUGAUUCUGAGAAAAUG